UGUAUAAUCAUGGCGCCAAAAUACACAAUGUCCGAUUCUGAAUCCGAGCCCGAAGCGGAGUCUCCAGUCGUCCCAUCAGACAACGAUCUGGAACAAGGGCUGCGCGAUGGGGUUGCGGCGAUUUUCAAGUCGGGGAAAAUGGAAGAAUUGACCGUGAAGCGAGUGCGACUUGCUGUAGAGAAGCAGCUCGGCCUAGCAGAAGGGUUCUUCAAGAGCACUGGCGACUGGAAAGCGCGCAGUGAGCAGGUCAUCAAGGAAGAAGUGGAAGUACAAGAUGCGAAGAAGCCCGAAGUCGAACCAGUCGAUAAGUCCCCCUCUCCUGUACCGAGGCCGAAGAAAGCUGCUGCUCCCAAGCGAGCCAAGAGUGAGAGCACAUCGAAGCCAAGGAAGCGCCAAAAGACGGAGACCCCCGUCUCUGGAGAGGAAGAGGUCGAAACGCCCAAGAAGCAGUCAGAAGAAGCCGUGAAGAAAGCUCCCACGCCCAAAUCAAAAGAUACCGUGUCUGAAGCUUCAGAUGUCCCUGAAGACGCGUCUGACGCCGCUGAACCGACCGCAGAGACGACCAAAGACGACUCCGAAAGUGAAAUGUCCGUCGUGCUAGACGAAGAGCCCAAGCCUGCGCCCAAAAAACAAAAGAGUGCAGGCAAAUCUGCCCCGAAAGGCUCGAAAGAGAAAAAGAAGCCCGCGCCCAAAGGCAAAGACGAGGACCUCGAUCCAGACCAGGCCGAGAUCAAGCGACUGCAGGGAUGGCUGGUCAAGUGCGGUAUCCGCAAGAUGUGGUGGAGGGAGCUGGCUCCGUUUGAGACCCCCAAAGCAAAGAUUAAGCACCUCAAGGAGAUGCUUGUGGAUGCUGGAAUGAAGGGCCGGUAUUCUGUGGAGAAAGCCAAGCAGAUCCGGGAAGAGCGAGAGUUGAAGGCCGAUCUAGAGCAGAUCCAACAGGGUGCGAAACAAUGGGGUACGGAGAGUGGCGGCGAGGAGAGCAAUGAGAAGCCCCGACGGAGACAAGCUCGAGGACGCCAGGCGCUGGCGUUCCUGGAGAGUGACGACGAGGAAAGCGACUGA